CCGUGAUCUGACGACAAACGCCAUGUCGUCAAGCUCCAGCACCUUCAAUGCCGACGUUUCCCAGCCGCAGGCGGAGCUGGUGUUCGGCGAUAUCUCGGUUCCGAUCAUGGGAACCGAGACCAUCCCUUUCUCCUCUGGAAACCCAAGAAUCGAAGAGACGCGCGGCGUCAUGCACCUUUUCUCCAACGAUGCCAACUAUCCCUCGUUUCUACCCGUUGGAAGGAAACCUCUUGUAUGUGUUCUUGGGGUGCCCAACCACAUGACAUAUGCAGACUUUUGCCAGUUUUGUGCUUCUUUCAUCCAUCAUAUAUUAGAGAUGAGAAUUGUCAGGAAUGAUGGAAUGGAGGACCGCUAUAGUGUUUUGAUACGAUUUGAUAAUCAAGACUCUGCAGAUAAAUUCUACCAGCAUUUUAAUGGGAGACAGUUUAAUUCACUUGAGGAAGACAUCUGCCGAAUGCUUUUUACAGUGGAUGUUCAGUUCACUGGUUAUAGUGGCUCUCUUGAUCAUGCACAGUCUCCCUCUGCAAGCGCAACUGAACAGCCUUCGUGUCCAGUUUGUCUUGAGAGAUUGGACCAGGAUGCAAGUGGAAUCCUCACAACUAUCUGCAAUCAUUCUUUCCACUGCUCUUGUAUUUCAAAAUGGACAGAUUCAUCUUGUCCUGUUUGCCGAUAUUGCCAGCAGCAGCCAGAAAAGUCAACAUGUUUUGUAUGUCAAACUUCUGAGAAUCUUGGGAUGUGUGUCAUAUGUGGUUUUGUUGGCUGUGGAAGGUAUAAAGGAGGUCAUGCUAUAAUGCAUUGGAAAGAAACACAACAUUGCUAUUUUCUUGAAUUGGAAACACAGCGUGUCUGGGAUUAUGUUGGUGAUAAUUAUGUUCAUCGACUAAUUCAAUCCAAAACUGAUGGAAUGCUAGUUGAGUUGAAUGCACAUUGUCAGCAUGUUAAUGAUGGUUGUGGAAGCUGCAAUUGUGAUGAUUAUGGAAUUAGUGAGGCCAUUCUCAACAGCAAAGUUGAAGCGAUUGUUAAUGAAUACGAUGAAUUACUUGCCACUCAACUUGAGAACCAAAAAUUAUAUUUUGAGACUUUGCUGCAAGAAGUCAAAGAAGAAAUUGAGAGGGAAGUUUCUGAAGUUGUUCAAAAGGCUGUCACUCAAAAGCCGCAGAAGUUACAGGCCAAACUAGAUAGAUGUGUGAAGGAGAAGAAAUUUCUUGAUGAUGUCAAUGAGAAUCUUUUGAAAAAUGAAGAGAUAUGGAGAGCAAAGCUGUUAGAAGCUGAAGAGAGGGAGAAAAAGACUUUGAGAAUGAAGGAUGAUAAAAUCCAUGCCUUAGAAGAGCAGCUGAAAGACUUGAUGGCAACCCUAGAAGCAGGGAAUGCAGCGGAGCAUAUGUCAAUCUCAGAUGAAAUUAAGGAUGCAACUGCGUUGCCAGUAUCCCCGGAGUCUUCUUCAUGAAGGAGAGAAAGGGUCUAACAGUUGAAGAAGCCAGUAGGAAUGGUUGAUGGAUUAUUUCUCCAGUUUGAUAGUUGGGGGGUUAUUAUAGAUAAGAGCCAAUGUCAUUGUCAUUUUAGGGACAUAUUUGCUCUCAGCAAACUUUGAAGGUUUUCCUCGGGGAUCCCCUGUUUUUUUCAAUUUGUCCCUGGAAAACUGUUUAUACAAUGUAGUAGAGGGAUUUAAAAGUAAGCAAUCAUAGGCAUAUAAUAUUUGUGCAGAAUUAUUGUAUCCUCCUUCCUGAUAUCCAAUUAUACUUGGAAAUUACUGUCAAGAUUUUUUUGGUUUUUGUCCUGAAUAAAGGCAUCUGCAGUGA